AUGAAUAAUAUAAUUUAGGAAUAUUUAGAGGAUGAUUUUCGCAACUUUUUAUAAAUCAUUCAGAUUUAAAAUUUGAAGAUAUAUAUAAUUAAAGAAUUAAUGAAUAUGAAUAAAAAAUCAGUAUAAUUCCUGAUCUUCUCAAUUAUGAUGGAUUUCUUUAAAAAGAAUUUGAAUUUGAUUAAUUUGGUAGAAAAUUUAGUAUUUUUUGGUUGGGCUAAGUAUUAUAAUUAAAAUGCUUAUUUAUUAAAAUAGUAUUUAUUAGUUAGAUUAACAAUUUUUAAAGACUAUUAGAUCAAGCUAAUAAUGGUGAUGCAAUAUUAAAAAUUGUAGCAAAUCUGGAUUUAUCAGAAAGCUAGUAUUAUGGAUAAGAUGUAACAUGUCAUCAUUAUUGGAUGCCAUUUCCUUAUUAGUUAUCUAGGUUAGGAAAUGAUUAAAUCAGAUUAAGAAAAAAUUUACCAUAUUAAGAAUUAUUAGCUAAAUGGCAUUUGA